AUGUCCCGUCUCCACGCCCGUCUUCUACAUUUUGCCCAAACAACCAUCCAGCCUUCCCUCACAUCUCAAAUCAGAACAAUGUCUUCUUACACCUCCGUCCACGUCGGUAAGCCCGAUACCCUCGAUUACAAGGUCUACAUCCGUGAUGCCUCUGGUAAGGUCAUCUCGUCUGUUCACGAUAUUCCCCUUAAGCCCGAGGGUGUUACUGACAAGCAUGUCUUCAACAUGGUUGUCGAGGUCCCCCGUUGGUCCAAUGCUAAGCUUGAGAUGUCUUCCAAGUUCCCCUUCAACCCCAUUGUCCAGGACACCAAGAAGGGCAAGCUCCGCUACGUCCGCAACCUUUUCCCCUACAAGGGUUACAUUCACAACUACGGUGCCAUCCCCCAGACUUGGGAGGACCCCACCUUUGUCGACCCCAACACCUCGUGCAACGGUGAUGGCGACCCAAUUGACGUUUGCGAGAUUGGUGAGCAGGUCGGCUACAUUGGCCAGGUCAAGCAGGUUAAGGUCCUCGGCCUUGUUGCUCUGAUUGAUGAGGGUGAGACUGACUGGAAGGUCCUUGCCAUUGAUGUCACCGAUCCUCUUGCUGAGAAGCUCAACAACCUUGCUGAUGUUGAGGAACACCUUCCUGGCCUCAUUGCUGCCACUCGUCACUGGUUCCGUGACUACAAGCGCCCUGAUGGCAAGCCCUCUAACGAGUUUGCUUUCAACGGUGAGGCCAAGGAGGCCGACUUCUCUCUCGAGGUCAUUGAGCACUGCCACAAGGCCUGGAAGGAGGGUCUCCUCACUGGCACCAACCCCAAGGCAAACUACGACAACACAAACUCCACUCUCGAGGGUUCCAAGGGUUUCAACCCUGCUGAGGCUGACAAGCUCGCCACUGAUGGUGUCGUUUACACUCACUCCGAGCCCGUUGGUGAUGACAAGUGGUACUACUACAAGAACUAA